GGGGAGGGGAGGUGACAGUCUUCAGAGGUGCCUUGGACUCAGACCAACACCCCCACCCCCAUGUGUGCAGCCGUGUUGCCGCCCGCUGUGCUAUGAGCAGUCAGAGCGCCGUCUCCACAAGAGUUUACAAAUGAAAAUGGAGGAAAUGUCUUUGUCUGGCCUGGAUAACAGCAAACUAGAGGCCAUCGCUCAGGAGAUAUACGCGGACCUGGUCGAGGAUUCUUGUUUGGGCUUCUGCUUUGAGGUACACCGUGCUGUCAAGUGUGGCUACUUCUUCCUGGAUGACACGGACCCUGAUAGCAUGAAGGAUUUUGAGAUCGUGGACCAGCCGGGGUUGGACAUCUUUGGACAGGUUUUCAACCAGUGGAAGAGCAAGGAGUGCGUUUGCCCCAAUUGCAGCCGCAGCAUUGCUGCUUCGCGCUUUGCACCCCACCUGGAGAAGUGCCUGGGAAUGGGUCGGAACAGCAGCAGAAUUGCCAACCGCCGGAUUGCCAACAGCAACAACAUGAAUAAGUCUGAGAGUGACCAAGAGGAUAAUGAUGACAUCAACGACAAUGACUGGUCCUAUGGCUCAGAGAAGAAAGCCAAGAAGAGAAAAUCAGAUAAGAACCCCAAUUCCCCUCGAAGAUCCAAGUCUUUAAAACACAAAAAUGGGUUCUCUGUCUGUACCUCUGCAUCAAACACCCUUCCCCUUCUUUUUUCUUCUUCAGGGGAACUUAGCAAUUCGGAUCCUUUUAAGUAUAACAACUCAACUGGGAUCAGCUAUGAGACCCUGGGGCCAGAGGAGCUGCGUAGCCUGCUCACCACGCAAUGUGGGGUGAUUUCUGAACACACGAAGAAGAUGUGCACAAGGUCCCUGCGGUGUCCCCAGCACACGGAUGAGCAGAGGCGUACUGUGCGGAUUUAUUUCCUUGGGCCCUCAGCCGUCCUUCCGGAGGUGGAGAGCUCCCUGGAUAACGACAGCUUUGACAUGACCGACAGCCAGGCCCUGAUCAGCCGACUUCAGUGGGACGGCUCCUCUGAUCUCUCACCCUCUGAUUCAGGCUCCUCCAAGACGAGCGAAAAUCAGGGAUGGGGUCUAGGUACCAACAGCUCCGAGUCACGCAAAACCAAGAAAAAGAAAUCCCAUCUGAGCCUGGUAGGGACUGCCUCCAGCCUAGGCUCCAACAAGAAGAAGAAGCCAAAGCCACCGGCACCCCCGACGCCCAGCAUCUACGAUGACAUCAACUGACUUGGGUGCAAGGGAUAGCCUUUGGCUGAGCAGAGCCCUCUCUCCUGACCCCCACCCAGGUGGCAGAGCCUGGCGAAUGGACGGCUGCUGGGGGUUUGGGCUUGGGAAGCUUGGUGGGCCAGGCGGGCAGGGGAUCCAGUUACAUGCCCCUGGGGGGCAUCAGGGUCCUCUGCAGUGGAGCACGACCCCUCGGCGUGCAGGACUCAGACCUGGACAUAUUAUGCCUUGGACAUAAGUUCGGUGGGGAGGCAGUUUUCCUAUUUAUUCUGUGAGUUACUGGAUGUCCAGCCAGGCCAGGGGCCUGACCUGGGCACUGUGCCAGGGCACUGCCUGCCCCCCACCCCAGGAACUGGACUAAGCCCUGCCGAGGGGCACUGUGGCUACCCGGGAGGCUGUGGGUUCUAAGUUGAGCCUGGAGGGGCCUCUCCUGGCUGCCCUCAGCAAUGUGAAUGGGUCCGGUGCUUGGAGCUGAGGGGCAGGGCUGGGCAUGUCCUGUCUGUGUGCAGAGUCCUAUCAGAUGCCCCCAAUCCCAGGGGCAGGCAGGCACACAGUGCUGCCUGCUAGGGUGGGCGUCCAGAACUGCCGCCGCCUUCCCUGCCCCUCACAGGGGCAGCCCUUUCCCCUCAGUCCCCACGGGCCUCCUUGGCAGCAGGAGCUGUCCUUUUGUUGUUGGGUGCCAGGAAAGGGCCUCCAGCCUCUACAGCUUCAAGGAAUGGGAAAGGGGAGGGUAGGAAGAGGGAGCUGUGUAUCAAAAUUACUCCCCCCCUCCCUCUCCUCCCUGACCCAGGGCUGGUGAGGACUGGGGCCCCAAGGUGAGAGGGAACGGUGCUGCUUUAUUUGAAAUGUUUUCUUACCUCAUUCCCUGCCCCAGGAAGGGGCCCAGCCUCACCCUCCUGGGGUUGCCCCAUGAUCCUCCCGCCUACCCUGCCCCACUGCCCUGCAGGGGCAGCCUGAGUUCCCAGCUGCUGCUUGCCAUCCCUUCACCUUGACCAGCUUUGGUUCCUCUCUCAAUGCUCCUGCCUCCAAAGCCUGCCCUGUGUCCCCUUCCUUAGCCGCUUUUAAGUUAUUUAUUCUGUACUUGUGGUUCCGGGCUCUGAGGAAAAUCCUGAUCUUGUACCUCUCCCCCUUUGCUAGAAGUGGGGUGGGAAGAGGGUGGUCUCUGUGCUUUGGGUUGUCAGCAGGGGAGAAGAGGCGUCCCUGCCCCUCUGUGGGACUGUUAUGCCAGUGUGCCCACUUGCCUGGUCUACAUCUGAUGAGAUGUACCGUCCCACCCUGCGCGGGCACCACCUCUCCCAGGAGCCGAGCUGGAAGACCGCAGUCUGGGCUGGGAACAGAGCUGACUGACAGGGGGGACAGAGUUGACCCUGAGCCAAGUUCUCUGGCACUUGCUGGAUGUGUCCCCUGCCCUCCUCCCAGGAGGAGCCAUCCCACAUUUGGGUAGAAAGUACCCAGGACUGGUUGGACUGAUUUGGGUUAGGGACCCUAGAGGGUUAAGGGAACAACAGAGAUAGGGCUGCAGUGUCCUGUCUGGAACCCCAAUCUUCCCUGGGGUUAUUCUGAUUGUGGCCGAUGCCUGGUUACAAAUUGGUUUUUAACCCAAGAAUUGUGCUUAUUUUUUAAAAGCCAAACAAAUUUUGGCAGGAGUUAGAAUAAAUCCUGGGGCCUGGGUUCCUCUGUUCUUGGCCCUCUGCAGAGGGAAAAGAGGAUCUCAGUGAGCCUCCAGCCUGCUUCCAAGGGAGGUCUUGGGAGGAGGCUGAAGGUGAAGGGAGGAAGGCCGGGGGGCCACUCUCCCUUCCAUGAGGCAGCUGCAGCUCAGGCCCUAAUACCUUUUCCCCUCUGGCCUCUCCCUUUCCCCCUUCUAGUUGGAGGAGGGAGAAGGGAAAAGUAGUUUGGGAACUGGUUUGUCCACAUAAACUUCCCCGUUGUUCCUUGGCCACCCUCAGGGCAGAGCCCCCUGCCCAGGUUGGGUAAGAGAUGGGCUUGGUCCAGCAGGGACCCUGAGGGAACAGACCCCUUUCCUUCUGGGGAGAGUGUGCCCCCCUACCAUGUAGUUGAACAGGGGCUAGGAGCUCCCCACUCCCCUCCCUCUAACAGCAGGCUGUGUGGGUUUCAAUUCCCAUCCUUCCCACCCUGGCUAGGUGUCGUCCACCCUGUAUCCUAUCAUGUGUCUGAGUGUGUGGGGGGGGUUCUGUACUAAUUUCCAUGGCCGGUGGCUUUUCCUUCCAUGCAUCACUCCCCCCCGCAUGCCCAGGGGCCACCCGCCUGGCAUUACCGCAUGCUGGGGUCAUUGGGGGAGGGGGGUGGGGCUCACGCUGUCCUGUGGUCUUGAGAUUUUUAUUUUUGCAUAUGUAAUCCAUCCUGUACAGGUAGCUAACUUUGUAAACGCUGUGUAUUCCCUCUGCCCCCAUGGCUGCUGGUGUAAAUAAACUGCAUCUCCCGUUGGUA